AUGUCAUACGGAUAUCCCGGUUACGGUUACGGACCCGGUUACGGACACCACCCGCCGCCGCCGCCUGGCCCGGACCAAGGGUACCGACAUUACCCUUCGUCGCAGCAGGGCUACGGACAGCAUCCGAACCCUCCGCAACGGCAGUACCAGCCACCGCCAGGACCUCCUCCGCAGGGUUACGAUGCCUACGGCUACCCGAUCGCUCAUGGUCCCGGAUACGGCGGUUCCGGUACCUCGCGCGCCGCCCCGCCGCCGCCGUCCGGAAUGCAGGAGUUUGGUCACGGAGCACCGCACAGCUACAAGUUCCAAUACUCCAGCUGCACGGGCAAGCGCAAGGCGCUCCUGAUCGGCAUCAACUACUUUGGCCAGAAGGGUGAGCUGCGCGGGUGCAUCAAUGACACCCGGAACGUCUCGGCAUUUUUGAUCGAGAACCACGGCUACAAGCGCGAAGACAUGGUCAUCCUGACCGACGACCAACAGAACCCUGUCAUGCAGCCCACCAAGCAAAACAUCAUCCGCGCUCUGCAGUGGCUCGUUGAAGGCGCUCAGCCAAACGAUGCUCUCUUCUUACAUUUCUCCGGCCACGGCGGACAGACAGAAGACACCAGCGGCGACGAGGAGGAUGGCUACGACGAGGUCAUCUAUCCCGUCGACUACGAGACAGCAGGCCACAUUGUCGACGACGAGCUGCACCACUACGUGGUGAGCCCCCUGCAGGCCGGCGUGCGGCUGACGGCCAUCUUUGACAGCUGCCACUCGGGCUCCGUGCUGGACCUGCCCUACAUCUACAGCACCAAGGGCAUCCUCAAGGAGCCCAACCUCGCCAAGGAGGCCGGCCAGGGCCUGCUCGAGGCCGUCGGCCACUACUCCCGCGGCGACCUCGGCGGGGUUGCCAAGACCAUCUUUGGCUUUGCCCAGUCGGCCAUGAGGGGCAAUGAUGCGUAUGAGCAUACCAAGAGGACCAAGACGUCGCCUGCUGAUGUGAUCAUGUGGAGUGGUAGUAAGGAUGAUCAGACUUCAGCCGACGCCACCAUCCAGUCGCAGGCCACGGGUGCCAUGUCUUGGGCCUUCAUUUCGGCGCUCAAGCAGAACCCCAAGCAAAGCUACGUUCAGCUGCUCAACAGCAUCCGGGAUGUCCUCGAGACCAAGUACACGCAGAAGCCCCAGCUGUCGUGCAGCCACCCUCUU